UUCUAGUCAUAGAGCCUUUAUUGAAAAUAUAUUAGUAGCAAGCCAAAUAAAUAAUAGAUUUGGAGGUAAACAACCUAAAAUAUAUUCUAGUCAAUUUUCUGAUAGCAUACUUCAAGAGAUAGUUUUUCUUUUAAAUCAUCAAAACAAAAAAAAAAGAGAACAACCAAAAAGAAUCAUAGAAGUAAUAACAGAAAAAGAAAUAUAG